UGAAGCGAAGUGAAGCUAUGAAAAUUGAUUCCAAAGAUAUUGGCGUAACAGCAUUGUAUUUACCUAGGCUGUGACAGAGCGUAGUUGAAGAAUCGUCUAAAUGCACAGUUUGUUUAUAAUUUUAAUGUUAAAUUACAUUUUUUAAUACUUUCUUAUAAAUUAUUUUCUUGUAACUAAGUUACUAUUUCCAAUCGAUAAGCAGUGAUCCAGUGACUUUGAUACACGAACGCAAUGGAUAUAACAGAUGUUACUGACAGGGAAAUUUGUAGGUUAUGUGCAGGUAUGCACAAUAAAAACAAUAUGACAGGUCUUUUCGCAGAAAAUAAUGUAGGGCAGUGUCUACUAGAAAGAAUACAUAAUUAUACACCGUUGCAGAUAACUGUUGGAGAUUGUCUUCCAAAGUACGUGUGCAUUAUUUGCAAAAGCCACAUAGAUCACUGGCACAAUUUCCUCCAGCUCUGCUUGAAGGCUCAGGAAAACUUCAGUUCACCAGCAAGAAACAAAAAGGGUGCUUCAGAUGGGAUUCAAGCGAGGGAAUCGACACUCGCUUCCGGCGAAAGCGCCGACAUCGCUACCCAGCCUGCUGUCGACACGGCGGUGGCCGCAGCCGGCGGCCGGAAAGCGUCGUCCACGUCGGACGCCGGCAGCGGUGCGGCGGAGAGCCCCGAGACGCGUCUCAGCCCCGACUCCACCGUCUGCGAGAGCGUCCGCCCCGCGCCGGCGUCGCCGGCCGGGAGGGCCAGCGCGAGGCGUAACUACUGCAUCGCGCGGUGGUGCAACAACAGCACCAAGGCCAAUCCUUCGCUCAGCCUGUUCAGGGUGCCCAAGAACAGGAACAGGGCCGCCAAGUGGCUGGAGAACGCGGAGAGGCAGGACCUCUUGCCACUGGACCCCGACGUGCUGUACGGCAAGUUCCUGUGUGGCGAGCACUUCCAGGAUAGCAUGUUCACCAACAGCACGAGGGGCAGGCUGGUGUGGAACGCCAUCCCCACCGUGUUCCCCAAGCCUCUCUUCGCUCACAAGAUACGGCAGAGGCAGGCCGACGCAGCUGUGCAAAAAAUGGCCAUGGAAAUGCUGCACUCAUCUGUUCCUACAAGGAUAGCACCUAAGCCAGAAACUAAGAGCAGUGUGUCGGUGGCGGCGCCGGAGAGCACGGAGACGCGCGGAACACGGCAGAAGCCUGCGGGCGCGGUCCAGGCGGGCGGCGGCGGCUGCGAGUCCCUAGCGAGCGGCGAGGGUGGCACCACUGCGCCGGCGGACGCCCAGGCUCAGUCGUCCUUCCUGGCGGAGACCAUGUGCUCCUUCCAGGAGUGCCACGAGCCGGUGUUCCCCUGCCGCUACUGCGGGGAGAUGUUCCUGGUGAAGAGCAGCCUGAUCCUGCACCAGACGACGUACCACCCGGAGCACCCGGUCGGCUGUGAGCAGUGCGGCAAGGUCAACUACAGGUCGAGGAGCGAGUUCAUGGGCCACUUGUGCGACCACGCAGAUUCUGCAAUGGAGCACUGAACACUGCUUUUGUGACUUUCCAACUCCACCCCUGAAAAUAAAUUAACCUACAUUACGUGCAUAUUUAUAAAUUGAAACUUUUUGUAUGAAUAAUCAAGUUCUAUGUACAUACAUGUAGGCAUUAUUAUGUGUGUGUAAAACAAAUCAAGUGUACCGUAUUUACUCGCAUAAUGUCCGCAGUAAUUUGGCUACAUUUUUGACAAAAAAAAAAUGGGGUGCGGACAUUAUGAGGUGAAGUCCGAAUAAAAAAAUUUUUCCUCAAAAUUUUACAUUUUGUGUAGAGUAAAAAAAAUUGUUCUCUCAUAAUUAGUUUACUAGCAGAGCGCUGGUGACUGGCGACCCUCCGCAGCGGACGUGAAAAAUGUGACAGGUGUCGAGAUAAUUGGGUGCCGGCGAUUAGUGGAAGACGUUACUCUUUUUUUUUCUUCUCUCACUCACGUGUGCGCUCUUACAUUCAGAAGCCGAAGCCAGCCUACACAAAAUAAACGCAAUGCGUGAAAAGAUAUUUUUUUAAUCUUUCAUUGAGAUGGCCACUGAUGGCACGAGGCAGAUGUCUAAUGUCUGCAUUAGCCGGCGCCGGCGAGCCUCCCUCCCUGUCCCUUGCCCACUGUGUGUACAAAAAACCGUGCACAUGUACCCCCACCACUUCUCCGCUACCUCCCCUACUUUGUGACGUAGUGUGAGUUGAUGUGUACUGGCUUGUGCUAUAUAUAGCCCAUCCCCUUGCAACUCGCGUGACGUCGCAGGCAGCUGCGCAGUAGCGUGCGAGUUUCUGAGUCCGGACGGUUUCACCGCGCUACAAAACCCUCUCAGCGACCGCUCCGGAGAAAUGAACAACUCAAGGUCAAAGCAUUGUUGACAGCGUCGGUAAUUUUCCAUCCCGUUACUGUGCCUUUCAGGGGUGGCCAAGGUUGCUUUGUCUGGUGCGGACUUUAUGCUGAUUUAAAAAAAUUCCAUUUCAAGUAUUUAAAAAGAAAUAUGCUGACAUUAUGCGAUUAAAUACGGUAAUUACCCAGAAAAGUUCUCCAAAACUUAAGUUUCUGCCAGUUCUGAUUUUCUAGUAAUUACAUAUAUGCCUCGUUCCUGCGCUGGUUUGACAAUACCUAUAAGAAUUAUCUCGUGCUGCACUUUGUAUGGUGUGGUGGGUGGUGAAGUAUAUUUUUAUGUGCCUCGUGGUAAUGAAAUAGAAAGCCCAAAUAAUUAUGUAUACUUGAUAUUGGUUAAAACGUAUUUUCACUGUGCUAUGUUUGCAUGGAAAAAAAGUUUUAAAAUUUACAGUGCUUUUAAAAUUUGUUUAUAUACUACUAUAAUUUAUUGGUGGUGAAUAAAAGAAAAUAGAUGAAAA